GAAAAUGGGCCGAAAUUAAAAGUGAUCCUUUUGAUGCAAGACAGCCUUCGUCUUUCAGCUGCAAUUGGUUACUGAGUCACCGAGCGUGGAAAUAAGAGUUAAAACGCAGAUUUUUUUAAACCGAGUCUGGCUUAACGUGGAGGGGGGCAGAGAGAGAGUGGAUUUGGCUCGGAAGCGGUUCAUGUGAUGGUCCCUGACACCAGCUGGCUGUUGGGAUCUGCGCCCUGCUCUCAUACUAACGCACUGGAGGACUGUAUUCAACAGAUACUCUUCAGAACAGUGGACAUAUCUCCGACAUAAUUGCAGCUCGGAAGACUAAAUGUGCGCCGAUUGGAAAAAUGGACAGCGAUGAUUUGUGAGGUAUUUGCGUUGAAUCUCUGACAGAUGCUUUAUUUGCGGAUGAGCGAAAAAAAAUAUUAUAUUAUUAGAAUUCUGAACGGAGUCUGGUGUGACGUGACACCGCCCCCCUCCUCCCCGCCCCGGACAGAUCGAACAGGGAUCUCCUUGGAAACGGUUGGUGACAGUACCCACCACCACCACCACCACCUCCACCCCGUCCUCUCUCUCCUCCUCACCAGGGAUGGUUGGUACUGAGAUCGGCCGCCUGCUCUCCCACUAACAACCGAACUGGGACAUUUUCAGGGCGCAGAUGUUCUCCAGCAGAAUGACUCUGAACCAGUCCAGCCUGCUGUACGGACAGCUGGAGGAUCUGCAGGAACUCGCCUUCAUCGAGAGGCCGAUCCGCAGGAGUCUCAAGACGGCGGAGGAGAUCGAUCAGCUGACUGUGGAUGAAGACCUGAACGACAUCGAGAGGGCGGUCUACCUGCUCAGCGUGGGUCAGGAGGUGCAGAGAGCGAGUGUCAUCAGUAACCUGCCAAGCCUUGUCCGCCAGAACCCAGCGGAGACGUUUCGUCGGGUGGUACCAAAGGUUCGGGAGGUCCUGAACGGAGCCGCGGCAGAAAUCCAGCUUGCGGCAGCAGCAUCGUUUUUGACCAUCCUGCAGGAUGACAUCAUCCUGAUCCACACCCACACCUACUCCAUCCUGAAGACCGUCCUGCUACACCUGAACCACCGAGACACAGUUGUGAGCAACGCGUGGUUGGAGACUCUGCUGUUGGCUAUCAACGCUCUCCCCAAGGAGACCAUCAAACAGGAGGUGCUGAACCCUCUCCUCUCUCAGUCCCAGCUGUCUCACUCUCUUCAGGCUCGUCUGGCCAGCUGCCGCAUUUUAGGGAAAGUCGCCUGCAAGUUUGAUUCUCAAAUAGUGAAGAAGGAGCUGCUGCCGCUGGUUCGUUCGUUAUGUCAGGAUGUGGAGUUUGAGGUCCGAGCCUGCAUGUGCCGUCAGCUGGAGAGCAUGGCCAGAGCAAUGGGGGUGGACGACACCAGGACGGAGCUGCUGCCUGAACUGGUGGAGCUCGCCGAAGACGAGGAGAGCAGCGUCCGUCUCGCUGCCUUCGACACCAUCAUCAACCUGAUGGAGAUGAUGGACAGCGAUGACAGACUCCAUGUCGUGGUUCCUCUGGUGAUGUCAGUGUGCGACGUGUCUUCGCAGGCAGACGAGGCUGUUGUGGCUUCGUUGUCCUUCCAGUUUGGGAAGCUCUGCAGUGGCCUGGCAGGGUCUUUGUCAAAUGAGCAGAAAGGCCGGUUGCUGCAGAGGUUUAAGGUGUUGUGUCUCGCUGGUCUGCAGACUGAAGGAAACCAAACUGAUGGCAACAAUGAGUCAAUGCUGAUCCGCUGCAACUGCUGCUACAACCUGCCGGCUAUGGUGGUGUUUUCUGACUCUGCUCACUUCCUGUCUGAGCUCUACCCGAGUUUUUCCAGCCUUUGUUGUGACCCAGAGGUCAGCGUUCGACGAAGUGCUGCAGCCAGUUUCCACCAGGUGGUGAAGCUGCUCGGUUCAAACAUUCAGCUGGUCCACAAAGAGCUCCUAGUUCUGCUGCAGGACGACUCUCUGGAGGUGUUGGACGCUCUAAUGAAUCACCUAGAGGAAACUUUGGAGGUGGUUCUUUCCAGAGGAGACAACCUGACGCUGGACAACAAGUUCCCAGAGCUGCUGUCAGCUCUGCUGUUAGCGGAGCAGAAGGUUGGAUGUUCUCUGCGUUGGCGCCUGCAUGAGAAGCUGCUGCAGCGUUACAGCUGCCUGGCCAGACUGCUGCCUGGAGAACUGCUGCACCAGAGCUUCUCCCCUCGCAUCUUCAUCAUCCUCACCACCAACAAGGUGUUGCCAGUUCAGAAGGAGGCAGCUCGGACGUUCUGCACGUUCCUGCGUUACAACCGCAAACAGGAGCAGCGACAGGAGAUGAUGGAGCGACUGAUCCAAGAUCUGGCUCAGGGGCGGAGCUACUGGAACCGUCUGAGGUUCCUGGAUGUUUGCGAAACAGCCACUGAGGUUUUCUCCAGAAAAUACUUCAACAAACACUUCCUGAUCCCAGCACUUGAGCUUGUCCAUGACCCUGUCGCUAACGUCAGGUACAAGCUUUGCCAGCUGUUGCCCAAAUUGCGUUCAUCUCUGCGCUUGCCGGCUGAUAAGCAACUGCUGCAAAAGCUCGAGUUCUGUGUCCAGAAACUCCUCUGCAGAGAGAAGGACAAGGAUGUGGUGGCCACGAUCCGCAAGACAGUGUUGGAACUGGACAAACUGGACCUCACAGAGCCUUUUCACAAGAGGCAGGAGAGGGAUUUACUGGACCAGAAGAAGGAAAAGGAGGAGACUCUUCUGCUGGAGAUGGAACAUCUGGAGCGCCAGCAGAGUGAAGAUAAACUGAACUCUGAAAAACAUACGGAGAGAAAACGAAGGGACAGUAAGACCAGUCUAUCUGCUACCAAAUCCAUGUCUGUGUCUUCGUCUGGAGCCACCUUGUCCUCCUCCAGUAAAGAGAUGAGGAAGGCUAAACUUUCACGGAGUCGGUCCCUCAGUAGUCAGCCAACGACAUCCAAAUCUACCAACUCAGACAGACCUCUGAAAGUGAAAGAGCUGAGCAGUACAUCUGGAGCCGGGAAGCCCUCAGUGUUAUCGAGCAAAGAUGACUCCUUGAGGACUGCCCACUUCACUAUGGCAAGCCAAGCCACAUCCUCUAUGCCAGUCUUGAUCCGCAGCAACACCACCAGCCUCCUGGACAGGGCCAGCACACUGGACCACAGAGCCAGUAGUGUAGACCACAAGACCAGCACACUAGACCAGAGAGAUCACAUAACCAUUACACUGGACCACAGAACCAGUAACAUGGAUCACAGGAACAAUAUAAUGGAGCACAGAACCACUACAAUGGACCACAGAACCAGUACAUUGGACCAUAGAACCAGCGCCCUGGACCAGAGAGACCACAGGACCAGUGCCCUGGACCAGAGAGACCAUAGGACCAGUGCAUUGGACCAGAGAGACCAUAGGACCAGUACUUUCGACCAGAGAAACCAUAGGACCAGUACCAUGGACCAGAGAGACCACAGGACUGGUACCUUGGACCAGAGAGACCACAGGACCAGUACCUUGGACGAGAGAGACCACAGGCCCAGUACCCAUGACCAGAGAGACCAUAGGACCAGUACUUUGGACCAGCGAAGUAAAACAAUGGACCGGGGCUCCGGGGUGAAGGACAGCCAGUCCAGAAAGCUGUCGAUAAACAGGAAGUCAAACUCUUUCAGCGUCCAGUCAGGACGAGACUGAAGAUGAUGAUGUUAUUAUACCUCCACCAGGCCAUCAGCCAAUCAGCAUUCAGGGAGAAGUUUCCAUACAAACAGCAGCUUCACAUGUUAAAGGACGAAUAAUGCUUCAGAACAUUACCCAGAAUGCAACAGGACACCAUCUCUUCCUCACAGUCACUAACAGAGACAGUGGACUUCUGCUGCUUUUAUUUUCUGAGCACUGUGUAACCUAAUGAUCCCAUCCUGUCACCUGAUUGGUUCAGUAAACUCCACACGUAC